GGGGUCGAAGUGCCAUUACGAGGUGGAUGCAUGCCAAUAUGCACCCGCUGAUACACGAAUCAACUGUUGUGUAUGAUAAUCGGGUUGAUAGAUGAUGGUCUCCGGAUGUAUCACAGGGUUUAUACUAUGUAGGGCCCAGGUAAUGUUUACUUUGAGACAUUUGAUCUCUUGGACUUUCCUUUCAUCUUGAGUGUGCUAUCUGCUUUUAUGGAAAUGUUCUUACGAAGAUCUUCUAGAUUACUCUCACCCAUACCAAAGAGAUAUCAUAUACCAUCUCUCAGACACUGUUCGUCCAUCACCUCAACUAUCUCUACUCAGAAUGGGUUUCCACACACACCCACCCCGACCCCUCACUUCAGGGCUUCUCCAACCUCCGAGCUUCCACCCCUCUCCAUAAUGCCACUCCCUCUCCUCCUCAAAUCCUACCUCAUAACUUCGAUUCUUGCCUCCCCCAAAAUCAUCACGUUCUUCCUUCCCCUCCUCAACAAACUCGCAAAUUCCAACUCUACAAUCUUGAAUCCCGAUAGAAAUCCAGUGUUGCAUAUGAUCGUCCGGAAAUUCAUCUAUGAUCAUUUCAUCGCCGGGGAAAAUGCUACUCAAGUGAGAGCUCGAGUGAAAGAAAUGAAGGGAUUGGGGUUCAGCGGGGUGAUAUUGGGAUAUGCAAGGGAAGUCAAUGUUUCUGGGGGAGAAGUGGGCGGAGGAGAUGUACUAGGGGUGAGUAAAGAGGAAGGGGAGAGAGCCAUUAGAGAAUGGAGAGAUGGACUCAUGAACACGCUUUCUUUGCUACAACCCGGAGAUUUUCUAUCGCUCAAAUUUUCCGGCGCAGGCCCCCUCGUUCUCCACGCUCUUCAAAAUGCACUCCCCCCACCACCCCUCCUGCUACAAUCCAUGCAUCUACUCCUCCGCACUGCCGCCUCCCAAUCCGCGCGUCUCUGGCUCGAUGCAGAACAACAAGACUUACAACCCACUAUCGAAUCAUGGACCAUUGAUCUCAUGCGUAUCUAUAAUACCGGAUCCCAAGCAUUACUAUACACAACCAUGCAAGCGUAUUUAAAAUCCACACCUUCCAACAUCCUAAGAUGUUUACAACUCGCGCAAAAGGAAGAUUGGGUGCUGGGGAUAAAAUUGGUGAGGGGUGCAUAUAUCGCUACCGAGAAGCGGGAGUUGAUAUGGGGAAGUAUUGAAGAAACUCAUGAGGCGUAUAACGGGAUAGCUGCUGGUUUGUUAAGUUUGUCGUAUCCAGGGAUGGAUGUCGAAAAGGACACUGCAAUUUUAGAGAAAACAGAGGGAAACGAAAAAGGAAAAGAAAAUACAUAUCCGCGCGCAGAAUUAUUCCUCGCCACGCACAACGAAGAAAGUAUCAAGAAAGCCUAUACCCUUCAAAGCUCACGGAUCCUAGCCGGAAACCCCACGAUUGAAUUAGCAUUUGGACAGCUCCAAGGAAUGGCCGAUGAGAUAAGUUGCAGCCUGCUCCAACUCCGCCGCAAAGAAUCCCAGGAAUCGAACAGCGCAUCGCCAACUCCCAAAAAUCUUGAGAAAUCAGAAGAGAAAUCAAGACUAGCGCAAGCCUUGAAACCAAAAGCGUAUAAAUGCAUGGUGUGGGGAUCCACGCAGCAGUGCUUACAAUUCUUAUUGAGAAGGGUAAAGGAAAAUGGAGAUGCGCUUGGAAGGACGGGAUAUUGGGUUGAAGGGUUUAAGAGGGAGAUUUGGAGGAGGAUGAGAAGCGCUUCUGGAAUGAAAAGGAGGAAAGCUUUCGAGAGUGCUAAUGGGGGGAUGAGUUGAACGAGGGUUCUGUAAGAGAAUAUCUGGUUCUGUAGAGGAAUAUCAAGGAAGAAAGGAGUUGUGAGUUAUGAAUACAGAGAGAGAAGUUUGAGGUUGGAGUUUACUAUUUUACGAUUUUGGCGCGAGAGGAGUGGAGCUCAGUACAUGUUGUUGUGUUAAUCCUGUUGUGAUCAUUAUGAUCUAUACAAGAAAUAGGCAAAAAAAGAAUACCAGAAGUCA